CUCACCCACCUAGCUAGCUACUUUAAAACCAUAUUAGUUGGCCUUGUUAUGAUGAUCCUUUCUUCCUAUCUCUUAUUUCUUCAUCCAUACUAUAGCAUAUAUUCAACUUAAGCGAUACUUUAUUCUCCCUCCCCUCAGUUCUCCAAACAUGAAAGGAAUGGAUCUUUUUUGCGCUUCUCAAGCUUCAACAGCCAUCUGCUCUAGCGUGGACCAUCGCUCCAUGGUCCGCCAUGGUCAUAGGCGUAUUGAUCGCCAAAAUUCAAAGCCUUAUGCUCCUUGUUCAUCACAAUUGUCUAUAAUCCCUAGGCCUUACCAUGAAAAGAGUAGCAAGAACAGUGUUAAGCCAAGUGACGUACGUCGAAAAAGCUCUGCAGAUAUUCAUGAUCUAAAAACCUCUCCUGCUUCAUCUACAUAUCUUCUAAGUGAUAGACCCUUUAUUGAUUGGUUAUCAGAGUCUGAUCCUACUGUCUCAGCAUUCGUUCCUUCUCAGCCUUCAAAACCUAAGCUGCAUGUAAGCUCCGACAACAACAACAAUUCUCCUGCUGCUUUAAAGUCUUCUUCAUCUGCUCGGUCUCGCGACCAGGUGGUGGUUUUGAGGGUGGCAAUCCAUUGCAAAGGAUGUGAAGGAAAAUUAAGAAAACAUAUCUCCAAAAUGGAAGGAGUGAAAUCAUUUAGUAUAGAUUUACCGACAAAGAAAGUGACAGUCAUUGGUGACGUGACUCCCUCAAGCGUGUUAGCAAGCGUGUCGAGGGUGAAGAGUGCUCAACUAUGGCCAUCUGCAGCACCAUCUCAAUCUUCUCCAAUGGUCAAAAUGAAUUACUGAUGGAAAAAAAAAAAACUCCAGGGUUUUCUUCUUUUUUGAAUGAAGUGUUUCACCUUGCUUAGAUAGUAAUCAACAUUUGAACUGUAAUAUAAAUUAAUCAAAUGUAAGCCUUUUGUUGUGAUAAAAUUAUUAUCCCUUUGUUUGA